GGUAGGCGGAGCUGACACGGAACUCGAUAAAAUAACUGGGAUACAAAGGCAUAGACGAAUGAGUAAGAAUACACCACUGCCGACAGAGGAGAUCGAUCUUUCGACGAUUCAAUGGAGAGAACCGGGGUGGAUUGCACAUCCGCAAUUUGGACGGGGGAGUUUGAGACCCGACAAUGUGUUGGAUUACUUCAAAUUAUCGGUGUUUUGGAGUAGAGGAUGCAACAACGACGUUGUACUACAACAGCAGAUAGGACAACCACACCAAUACGCAAUGGGCACCCCAGAAUUCACAAACAUGCUAAAACAACUACGGGGGCUGGAGUACGUGCUCGCAUACCACAACAUGCCUGACGUAUUUAUUAUCCGGGCACAAGAACGGCAUAGUCCAAAUCACGCGACACCCCUCCACCUCUACUUCUGCGCAAACGGGAAUAUCUACCUCGCACCAUCCCUGCACUCAAUCCUCACCUCUCGCACUUUAAACGCGUUACGUUCAGUCAAAGAAGCACUAACUCUCACUACUUCACUAGCGAAUUUCGAUCCGGCAGGAGCAGGAUAUACGUAUGAGUUCACAAAGGAGGAAGGAGACUCGGAGAAGGUGAAGGAAGAGAGGCGGGAGAGGGAGAUGUUGGAAAUCGCGUUAAGGGCUGCGGAGGGGAGUAUUAGGGAGAAGGAGGUUGUGCAGGCCCCUAUUGUGAAGGUUGAGGAGGUACAGGGGGAGGGUAAUGGGAAGAAGGUGCGGAUAGCAUAGCAUGCUUGUAUGUUCAGGACGCAACCCAGCAGCCGCUCAUCACAAGUGCAAAAGGUUGACUGCCAGAUACGGCCAUACCAUGAUGAAAGCACAGGAUCCCGUCCGAUCUCCUAAGUUAAGC